CUUUGGUAUCACAUGAACGAGAAAGGACCAAUCCAAGUGGCUCUAUCAAAGUUCUUUUGCGAAGAUAGAGGAAGACCGAAAAGGGAACCUUGCCAAUGAACAUUUAAAGACAAAAAAACGUCGCCUUUUGGAUUUGGGUCUUUUGUAUCAGAGCUACGUGAUUAGUAUGAGUUAAAUCUAUGGAUUAUGUUAGCUGAACUGGGGCUGGCAAUGGCCCAAACAUAUUGAAUAGAUCGUUGGGGGAGCAAAACGCGACGUUGUAGUGGGCAUUGUACGGAUAAAGGAUUAUUUGCCUACCCAAUAACUGCUCCGUCGUGAAAUAUCCCCACCAAAGAUUCGUUCAUGGCUUUUCUGUCAGUGUCUCCGCCGUGUCUGUUUUCCGCCCGCAACACCAUUUUAACUAUUGAGGUCGCAUCGCUGUAGAUUUGCUCCCAAGCCCUACAAUCUACACACCGCCGGCUUUCCUUUUUAUAUAUAUAUGUUUUUUUAACUACUAAAAGUAAUACAUAGUUACCUCCUAGGAUAAUUUUUGCGACCAAAUAAAUAUGGAUUUUAACAGCAGCGGUGGGGGAAACGAGCUACAUAAUAACCAAUUCUAUCAAUCUGAGGAGAGCAAGCCUUUGCUUGGAGAGAUGUCUGCGCCGUUGGAGGGGAAUAAUAAUAAAUUAUGCGCCGGGCCGUGCAAGAGAACUCUGCAACAUUGCAGCAGCGGGAUGCGAUAUAAACUACUACAGGAGGGGGACAUCCAGGUGUGUGUGGUCAAACACCCUCGGACCUUCCUCAGCAAAAUUCUAACCUCAAAAUUCUUACGGAGAUGGGAACCGCACCACCUCACCUUGACAGACAGCAGCCUGGCGUCUGCGACGCCCACGGGGUACAUGGAGGCUGCCCUGUCCUACAGCACCAUAGAGGACCUGCAGCUGCUCUCCUGGGAUAACGCCCCCAAAUACUGUGUGCAGCUCAGCUUCCCCGGGGGCACCGUCCUCCUGCAGGCAGCCAACAGCUAUCUGCGGGACCAGUGGUUUAAUUCUCUACAGUGGAAGAAAAAGAUCUAUAAGUACCGUAAGGUUCUGAACAACCCAAGUCGCUGGGAGGUGGUUCUGAAGGAGAUCAGAUUGCUGGUGGACAUGGCCCUGACCUCUCCCCUGCAGGACGAGUCCAUCCACCAGGCCCCCCUGCAAAUCAUCUCCACCCUGCUGGCCGAGAACACCAACCUCAGUACUCAGGACCAUGAGAACAUCAUUGUGGCCAUCGCUCCUCUCCUGGAAAAUAACCACCCUCCACCGGACCUGUGUGAGUUCUUCUGCAAGCACUGUCGGGAGCGUCCGCGGUCCAUGGUUGUAAUUGAAGUGUUCACCCCUGUGGUCCAGAGAAUCCUCAAACACAACAUGGACUUUGGGAAAUGCCCCAGACUGCGUCUCUUCACUCAGGAGUACAUCUUGGCUCUAAAUGAGCUCAACGCUGGGAUGGAGGUCGUCAAGAAAUUCAUUCACAGCAUGCAUGGCCCCACCGGGCAGUGCCCUCACCCCCGUGUCCUGCCCAACCUGGUGGCAGUGUGCUUGGCUGCCAUCUACUCCUGCUACGAGGACUUCAUCAAUAGCCGGGACAACUCCCCCAGUCUGAAGGAGAUAAGGAAUGGCUGCCAGCAACAGAAUGAGCGUAAACCCCCUCUGCCCCUCCGCCUACUCCGGCCAGAGCCCCUAACACCCGCACCCACAGGUCUGCUGUCCCUCUCCCCUCCCCCCUCAGCUCCCCUCCCCCCUCCCCCCACACUGCCCCUCUCUCCACCGCCUUCCAUCAUCAACUCCAGUGAGAUCCUGGUGGAGUUGGAACGCAACAACAACACUGCCAACGCCAGGCGGAAGGGCCCAGGGGGAGGCGACAGUGAGCCCAACCUGAUCGACUGUCUGCUGGUCAGCCCCGCCCUCAACGCCCUGUCAAUCCAGCUGCCUGCCCAGGCCGACCGCGUGCUUGGCUGCUUCGCACUCAUCCUCAAAAUGCUGUCUGACUACGAUGACUGGAGACCCGCCCUGGCUAGCCUGCUGCAGCCCAUCCCAUUCCCCAAAGAGGCCCUUGCACAUGCCAAAUUUACGAAAGAGCUGAAACAUGUUAUUCAGAGGUUUGCAGAGGACCCCAGACAGGAGGUCCACUCCUGUCUGCUCAGUGUGCGCUCAGGAAAGGACGGUUGGUUCCAGCUCUACAGUCCAGGGGGUGUGGCUUGUGAUGAUGAUGGGGAGCUCUUUGCCAGCAUGGUUCACAUUCUUAUGGGCUCCUGCUACAAAACGAAGAAGUUUCUCCUGUCCCUGGCUGAAAACAAGCUGGGGCCCUGCAUGCUCCUGGCUCUGCGUGGGAACCAGACCAUGGUUGAGAUCCUGUGCCUGAUGCUGGAGUACAACAUCAUGGAGAACAAGGACACCCAGCUGCAGAUCAUCUCCACCCUGGAGAGCACUCCGGUGGGCCUUCACAUGUACGAGCAGCUGUGUGACAGGCAGAGGGAGCUCAAAGAGCUGCAAAGAAAAGGAGGCCCCACCCGACUCACUCUGCCCUCCAAGUCUACAGAUGCAGACCUUGCCAGGCUGCUGAGCUCUGGUUCCUUUGGGAACCUGGAGAACCUGAGCCUUGCCUUCACCAACGUCACCAGUGCCUGUGCUGAACAGCUCAUCAAAUUGCCCUCUCUCAAACAGCUCAACCUUUGGUCCACCCAGUUUGGAGAUACAGGAUUGCGGUUGCUGUCUGAACACUUGGCGUGUCUGCAGGUAUUGAAUCUGUGCGAGACACCCGUGACCGACGCCGGCCUGCUGUCCCUCAGCUCCAUGAAGAGCCUGUGCAGUUUGAACAUGAACAGCACAAAGCUCACAGCAGACACAUACGAGGACUUAAAGGCCAAACUCCCCAAUCUGACGGAGGUGGAUGUCCGCUACACCGAGGCCUGGUGAACACAUCCUGUGUGACAUCACUAGAACACCAACUCCCACACCAUCCAAACAUGAGGAUUACCUGAUAUCAACAGAACACAUAGUCUCUCUUACAUCAAUAACAAGAGGAUCCUCUCCCAUCUGUAGACGAGGACCUUUUUUUAUAAAUCUGGAGACGACAUCAGAACUCCUGGACCUCUCUCAUGUCAAGCGAGAAUUACUAUCUUUCUAGUGACAUCAAAAUACAAGGAGCUCCUUUUUAGCGUCAUCAAAAAAGCAAGGACCCACUUUCUUGUGACACAAGGGACCUUAUCUUUCUCUCUUAUGCGUGGUUUCUCACUCAGUUCCUGUCCACAUCAUCCUAUUUGCCCUCAAUAGACUCCUCAUAGAUUUAUUCAGUGUUGUGUCAAAUGUACACAGAACACCAAGUAAACAAAUGGAUCUUUCUCCCCUCCCUCUCUCCCACUCUCUCUGAGGACCUUUAUGUUUAAAUGCACUCUUCCCUCCAUUUACUGGGAGUUCUUCUAUCCUUGUCUGAUCAAGGUUAGAUAACCAGGUCACAUUCCAGUACACUUUUGAUAUUGCCUCUACUUUAAUCCAAAUGUAGCUCUAAAGAUGUGUCCAAUUGUCAUUUCGGUCUUGUUUUAUUUGUUUGGGUUCUUUCAGGUUCAAAUUCUGGCCUUUCCAGUCCUUUAUUGGGGAUGAGGUGCUACCUCAAACAAAAUAAAAAUUGCAAGACUGUGCCUAAUUCCUCAUAUGACACUCAAUCAAUUUUUAUCAACUUGAAUGAACAUAUUUUUCCAGACAUCUCUGCAUUCAUAUAUUGUGUGUGACAUUUAAGCAGACAUUUCAGGAGCUCUGCUCUGUGGUUGCACCACUUAAAAGGAAGAAAUGUUUCCUCUUAAUUUGUGUUUUCAAUGUACAUAACUCCCAUAUUUAAUAGAAUGAUUGUGUAGUAGGUGGUCUGGGACUGCCUUGUAUUUAUAAUUUCUCAUUUCUCAACUUCAUAUCCCUUUUUCUGCCUCCCAUUAUUUUCUCAUAUGUUAAGACACUUACCAGGCAUACCGCAGUUGACUUUCGUCACACAAUCAAUCAAGAUGUUGCCUAACAUUCUUAUCCAUGCUGAGGCCUAAACUGAAGCCCUGUGUGCACCUUGCAUCAACCUCUCAAUGUUGACUUUUUGGCAUGAUGGUACAAGUUUUUCUAAAGAUAAAUAUGGGAUACAUUUUGAUAUUGGCUGUAGAUAUACAGGCUGUGGUCAUCCUUAGGAGUAUUUAGUGAUAAAUGUCAGGAGUGAACAGACUGUAGAGGCAACAGCAUGGUGUAUAGAUGACCCUGUUUAAGAAAGCAGCACAUAACCUGCCCAGAGUCUAGAAUAAGACCUUUUGUGGUUGGCCGGUCAGUACCAGAGUGGAAAGCCAAACAAGUUAAUUUCUGUUUCAAUCCAUUUUUUGUUGUUGCCAUACUGCACUUCAAAACACAAAUAUAUUGUAUCAUACAUCAGUACUAUCUGAUACAGUGGCAUAGAAUCACGUGGACUCCAAAGUUCUAAUCAUUUGUUCAGAGCCACAUUUCUCUCUACUCUGACUAGGUCUCCCUCUUUCCCUUUGCCCAUCAAGCAUGGAGAGAUGGCACUGUUUUGGAGUAUGCUCACCCAUUAUGUAGUACAUGUAGCUGGGGUAAAAUGUUUCAUUCCUCGAUCUUCAUUUGGAAUCAUGAGAACACUUUCUGUUUGCAUGGGCAAUACCACCAGUUCUGAAUAGAUUUCCUAUAUUAUUACCAAGGAAUGUGCUAUUACAGCAUUCAGGUAUGUAGUAACUUGGCCCACACAAACUGCAGAAGAGAUGUCCCUCUGUCUCUUCUGCUUUAGGUGGUUUUGAUGAAUCUGUUCCUUCUCUGUGCCCUUUCAGGGUGUCUGGUAUACAUUCGGAGCGUUAUUCUGUAUGCCCAACUCUGGUUCCCUCCACUUUUGUUUUCUCCAGAAUGCUCAAGAAUUCUUUCUGUUCAGUUUUGGCAGAACUUUCAGGACACAGUUGGACACCGUCCAAUAAGAUUUCAAUGCUAUGUUUAUUUUGAGUGCCACGACGGUUCGGUGCACUAAAUGUUGUUGUAUAUGGCCACCAGGCUUAGGACCUCAUGCUGUCACAUCCUGUAUAAUGUAAAUACAAGUGUAUAUAAUUUUCUGUCCCUCUCUAUGUUCCCCUCUGCUCUGUGUUUCUCUUAGUCUCCCUGUUAGGGAGGCUUUUGCCUUCAUCUUCAGGAUGUGUGCGUGUGGUCAUUACUUUAAUUUUCACACAAAGUGCACUGUAAUAUAACUUCCAUUAUGUUUUCAUGGUAAUUGUUAUGGCUGAUUUUGUAUUUGUUUCAACGUUUGUUUGAUUUGAUCACUUUAAUCAAGUGUUUGUCAUCUGUUUUGUAUGUACAGUACCAGUCAAAUGUGGACACCUACUUUCUUUUUACUAUUUUCUACAUUUUAGAAUAAUAGGGAAGAUAUCAAACCUAUGAAAUAACACACAUGGAAUCAUGUAGUAACCAAAAAAGUGUUUAAACAAAUCAAAAUAUAUUUGAGAUUCUUCAAAGUAGCCACCCUUUGCCUUGAUGACACUUGGCAUUCUCUUAACCAGCUUCAUGAGGAAUGCAUUUCCAACCGUCUUGAAGGAGUCCCCACAUAUUCUGAGCGCUUGUUGGCUGCUUUUCCGCCAUGCUGCGUUCCAACUCAUCCCAAACCAUCUCAAUUGGGUUGAGGUUGGGUGAUUUGUGGAGGUCAUAUGAUGCAGCACUCAUCACACCUUUGUCAAAUAGUCCUUACGCAGCCUGGAGGUGUGUUGGGUCAUUGUCCUGUUGAAAAACAAAUAAUAUUCCCACCAAGGGCGAACCAGAUGGGAUGGCGUAUAGCUGCAUAAUGCUGUGGUAGCCAUGCUGGUUAAGUGUGUCUUGAAUUCUAAAUAAAUCACUGACCGUGUCACCAGCAAAGCACCAUCACACCACCUCCAUGCUUCACGGUGGCAACCACACAUGUGGAGAUCAUCCGUUCACCUACUCUACGUCUCACAAAGACACGUCGGUUGGAAUCAAAAUUCUCAAAUGUGGACUCGUCAGACCAAAGGACAGAUUUCCAUCGGUCUAAUAUCCAUUGUCGUGUUUCUUGGCCCAAGCAAGUCUCUUCUUAUUAUUAGUGUCCUUCAGUAGUGGUUUCUUUGCAACAAUUAAACCAUGAAGGCCUGGUUUGCGCAAUCUAUUCUGAACAGAUGUGUCUGUUACUUGAACUCUGUGAAGCAUUUAUUUGGGCUGCAAUUUCUGAGGCUGGUAACUAAUGAACUUGUCCUCUGCAGCAGAGGUAACACUGGGUCUUCCUUUCCCGUGGCAGUCCUCAUGAGAGCCAGUUUCAUCAUAGUGCUUGAUGUUUAUCGCGACUGCACUUGAAACUUUCGAAGUUCUUGAAAUUUUCCGGAUUGACUAACCAUGUUUGUCUUUGCUUAUUUGAGCCGUUGUUGCCAUGAUAUGGACGUAGUCCUAUUGGUAAAAGACCAUCUUCUGUAUACCACCUCUACCUUGUCACAACACAACUGAUUGACUCAAAUGCAUUAAGGAAAGAAAUUCCACAAAUGUACUUUUUAAUAAGGCACACCUGUUAAUUGAAAUGCAUUCCAGGUGACUACCUCAUGGGGCAGCAGGUAGCCUAGUAGUUCGAACAUUGGGCCAGUAACCGAAAGGUUGCUAGAUCGAGUCCCUGAGCUAAAAAGGUAAAAAAUCUGUCUUCUGCCCUUGAACUAGGAAGUUACUAGGCCGGCAUUGUAAAUAAGAAUUUGUUCUUAACUGACUUGCCUAGUUAAAUAAAGGUCAAAUAUAAUGAAGCUGAAUGCCAAGUGUGUGCAAAGCUGUCAUCAAGGGUUGCUACUUUGAAGAAUCUAAAACAUAUUUUGAUUUAGUUAAACUUUUUUUUUUUACUACAAGAUUCCAAAUCUGUUAUUUCAUAGUUUGGAUGUCUACAAUGUACAAUGUAGAAAAUUGUAUAGAAAAACCAUUGAAUGAGUGUCCAGACCUUUUGACUGUUAUAUCAGCUGAAGUUUAUUUUAUUUUAACUUUAUUUUUUACGAUUUUGAAUAUGAAAAGGGUCAGAUCACUAGCUCUGCAGUCGCCCUACCCCCUUUGUCCAUGGGUUACCACGAUGUUCUGAUCGGAGCGCAAUGAUGAGCAGUUCAUGUCGUAGACCAGCGACUGAAUCACCUUUGUGGUUACAGACCUUUUGUAUUGCUGGAAUACAUUAGCUUGUGCACAAAAUACUGUGUAUAAUGAUAUGAACAUAGUAGGUAUGUAUGCCAGUGAGUUUACUGGUUACUGUACUGUUUGUACACUGGUGAGAUACUGUGUGAUAAGUGGAGAGAUUCAAUAUGUGGAAUUAUUUUUUUUGUAACCGUUGACAGAAUCUGCUCUUGGACCAUUUCUAUUGAUGUGGUAAUAGUGGGUGGGGUGGAGGGGGGGCAGUGGGAACAUUUUUUUUUUUUGUAGCCCUGAUGCUCCUCUAGUUUUUAACAUUUCAACUGUAUAGUUAGAGGGAGACCUAGAGGUGGGAAUGUGGAGGAUUUUAUUACUGUAGAGGAAAUUGUGAUUGUUAUUAAAAAAUAUAUUAAUUUGUUAUAUUGCUAUCCUGUGGAGCUCACUGUGCUUUGCUUGGGUUUAAGUCUCUUCUCCCUAAUUCCCUCUUUCUCAUUCCUCUCUAUCCAGAGGUGAUAUUACCUGUUCUAAUUUUUCGGGAAUUUGUAAAGAUUUUUAAUUAGAAUUGUGACUGCGGCUUGAGUCUUAAUGUGGUUGACAGCGGGGUGCCUGCUGCUGUGCCCCCCCCGCUGGCUCAGUCAGUCAUGGACAUAAACUAGGUUUCCCAUGAUUCCUGUAAUUUUUGCAGAUCAAACGCUGCCCUCAUUUUCUCUUGUCUGUGUUAUCUGCUUCUACAGCUGGGUUACUGCUGCUGCUGCUCUGUGGCUGUUGUAAUACAAAUACAAGACCUUUUACAGGAAAAUAAGAACUAUGAUGUGAAAUAAUUUCAAUCAAAAUAAACUGUCUGAAUAUGUUUCAAA